AUUGUCUGCUGUACCGGCAAAAUACGCACUUAACCUCUGCACGUUUUUCUAAUGAUACAUGUGUUUUUGACGGAAAAAUCGUUUUAUAUUGUCUAGUUUAUCAAAAUGAAAUUUAAAACAUAUACAGGAAUUACGUGGUCAAUUUUAGAGCUCACGGGUCUACUCGAGGAUGAAGACUCGCAUGUUUAUUUUGAAAAAUUUAAAAAACACUUUGGUUUGCACCCAUUUCAUUUAACGAAUCUGAAUGCCGCGUUAAAUGAAAUACUUAGCUCGAAUUUAAACUCUUACGAUGAUGAGUUAAAAGGAUUCCUGUUAGCUUAUAAAAAUCCAAAGUUGCUAACACCAUUAGGUGACAUAUUUUAUGAUACUUGUUUUAUUCAUGUUGACAUUGAAGCAGAUUUUUAUAUAUUUAGACCUGAAGUGGGUUGUUCAUUAAAAGGAAUUGUCAAUAAGAAAGGAUUAGACCAUAUUGGUGUUCUUGUACAUAAAGCAUUCAACGUAUCAAUUCCAAAACUAGAUGACGAAGAGAAUUGGCCUGGUGAUAACCUUGAAAUUGGUCAAGAAGUACGAUUUAAAGUAACUCUUCUUGAUUUUAGUAGUAAAUUACCAUUUAUUCGUGGUACUUUAAAUCCAGAUGAUUAUUUACGAGGAUGUAAACUAACAGAAAAAACACCUAAUAGAAGGUUGUCGUCUAAUAACAAUAGUCACAACAAUAAAGAUGACGAUGAAAGUAUAAGUAAUAAGGAAUUAAAAACUAUUGCUAAGAAUAAUAAACGACAUACAUUUUUUGCUACUGACUCUGAACAUAGUUCUGAUGAUGAUGUACCAGAAAUAAAGAAAGAAGUUUCUGAUAAAAAAAAAUCUAAGAAAAAAAUUGAAAAAGAGAAAAUAAUCGAACACAUUGAUGUAAAGAAGGAAGAUCAAAAACGUGCUAAAAAAUCUGAAGAAACUAAAAAAUCCAAACGUAAAUCGAUUAAGACAGAAACGGUGCAGGAACAGCACCUGAACAACAGUUCCAUAAAUGGUAAAUUUGAGGACAUUGAAGAAUUAGAAGAAUCUACUACUAUAAAGAAAAAGGCAAAGAAAAAAUCCAAUACUUUUAGUUCGCAAAGUAGCAUGGAUGAAGGGAACAAUGAAAAGUCUGUAAAAUCUCCACUAAAAAUAUCGAACAAUGUAUCUAAUAUGGAAUCCAAAAAUAGAGUUAGCAAAAUAAAAUUAGAACAAGAUUCCGAAAGUAGUACUUCAGAACAGAUUGUGAGAGAAAAUAUGUCUGAAAGCAAAAUUAGUUUAAAGAAAAAUUCGACAAAGAGAAAACACGCAGAUGAAACUGAUAAUUCUGCAGACGAUUUUACUGUAAAUAAAUAUAUAAAGAGUUCGAGUAAAAAGAUCUCAAAGACCAGAACAUCUGAUAUAGACAACACAGAACCAUUAAUUGAUAUUAAAACGGAAAAACUGAACGAAGUGAACGUUAAAACAGAAGAUGCUCCAACCCAGAAACAACAUAGAAAACGUAAACACUCUGUAAAAGCAGAGGUUUCUGAAAGUGAUACGAGCAUUAGAAAACCUGAAAAGACUCCGGUAAAAAGACGUUCAAAAACAUCAAGUAUAUCAGAGUCUGAAUUUGUGUUUCCACAUAUGCAGAUAAAGACAGAAAAAGUGAAUAGUGAAGAUGAAAAUCACGUAAAAACAAAGAAAGUAUUGAAAAAAGAUUCUGACUUGAAUAUAUCUACAUGCAGUUCUAAUUAUGAUGCGGAAGAAGAUGCCAACGAUAAUACAAUUAAAAAGAAACGGAAAAAACGUUCAAAGAAGAAUCUUCUGGACAUAAGUGAAAUUAAAGUAGAACCUGAAUUUGAUUAUAGCGUGGUUAAAGAAGAAGUAUCUGAUACUGCUACCAAUAAUGAUGCAACUGAAAACAUUCGAGAAAAUUAUGAUACAGACUCUUCAAAUAGAAAUUCGCCUAAGAAGAAACAUAAAUUUAAUUUGAAUACUGUUAUAAGUGAUGAUGAAGAAGGUCUCAGAAAUAAUAGGAAGUUAAAAGUAAAAGCAGAGAAAUUAAUAACGAACGUUACAUCGGACGACGAUGAGAGAGAUAGUGAUGAUGAAAAACAGAAAAAACAUAGCAAAAAAUCGCCAAGUAAACAAUUAAAUAAACCUAGAAAAUCCAAUUCUGAAUUUGACUUUAGUAAGGUUAAAGUUAAAUGUGAAAGAUCAAGUGAUAGCUAGGGCAUGUAGAGCAUUUUAAUGUACUUUUUGAUAACAUAGACUGUGGUCAACAUACUUUGUAAAAAGAAAGAAUUCAUUACACGUGUAUGCAUGAGAAAUAUAAAGUACUAUAAGUACAUUUACAUGUAUGUAGGAUAUAUUAACAGACAUAUACACGCACAAGUGUAUGUGUAUACGGGAUGUUUCUUAAUAUGUGGGCCCUUUUUGGAGAGUAAGAUCUUGACAUCAGUACGAGCGAUGUUUCAGCCCAAUCAGCUGAUCGCACGGUCGCACAUAUACGCAAUUACACGGGACAAAUACACACCUACGCACACUCACUGGUGGAAAAUGACUCGAGACAUUCUACGCCAGGUAGUACGAGGUCAUUGGACUAACCCGUGAAAACUGGAUGGUAAUGACCUCGCGUUACCUGGCCCAAACUGUUUUGGAGACUCCUAGGUCAUUUUGCACCAGCGAGUGUGCAUCGGUGUGUAUUUUUCCUGUGUGAGUGCGUACAUGUUACGGUCGCGCGAGCAGCUAACAGGGAUCCAAACUGCCCGCGCCGUAAGUCGCACCUGUAAAUUUCAACUGCUUAUAUCUCGACAACGAAGUCUCAGUUCGCAAAUUGGUAUGGACUUUUCAAUUCGUACUGAUGUCGGGACCUUACCUUCUGAAAAGCACCCACAUAUUAAGAAACACCCUGUAUCUAUACAUUAUAUAUACAUAUGAAAAUAUUGAUACUAACUAUGUUAACAAUCAACUUGUAUAUAUUAUAUAUAAAUUGUCAAUGAACUUUAACGAUUCAUUAUAUUUUUGUUCCUUUUGUGUAAUAAGCGACUUUAUUUUAUUAUUAUUUUCGUAUUUCUUAUGUAGCGGUGAGUUUCACCUGUACAUAAUGUAUCACAUUGCGAUAAGACAUUACCAUCAAAUAAAUAUAUCAUGACUUUAGCGAAUAUUAUAUAUUUGACAAAUUAAAGUACAAAUAUGACUUCUAUAGACUACAGUAAUAAAAAUUUUUAUAAGAUAUUUUGAUGUUUUCUAAUUUUAUAUCUACAUCUUUUCUCCUAUUGUAAUGUACAACAAUGUAAACUUAAAAAAAUUACAUUUAGUAAAGAUGGCUUCAGAAUGUUUACGGAAUCAGUGAUGGUAAAUGUUAAGAAAUACAAAAACAUGUUUAUUGGUACAUACAAAUUUAGUAUUUUACAUUACAAUUAUUGCAUGUUCUGCGAAUUUGAAUUUUGACGGAAUUUUAUACUACUGUUAAUUGCUGUGGUAUAAAUAUAAUAAAAAUAAUAAAAUGUACGAAGAUAAUAAAAUUUGAAAACGUAUAUAGGCAAGUUCAUUUUGACAUUUGCAAAUACGAAUUACCUUACGAAAUUCUUAGCUUGAAAAUGUUAAUGUCAUUUAUAUACAUUCAGGUAAGUAUAAUACGAUUGGCUCAUUUUAUUUCACAAAAUAUAUUAAAGAUUAACAUACUUAGUUUAUAUACCAGAAAAUGAUGUAGUAAUUUUUUAAUUUAAUCAGCAGAGUUCUUCCAUUUUAGUACGAAUAUUUUAAUGGAUGAAAUUAAAAUUUGUUAAAAUAAUCAGCAUAGUAAUUAUUAAACAAUGCAAUACUUAACUAGUAAGAUUUACUGUAAUUAAAAUAUAUACUCUAAAAAAUAUGUUUUGUUUCCCGAUAUUCAUAAUGCUUUAUAAGGAAAUUUAAAUGAUUGAAGAAAAAGAUGAUGUGAACUUUAAGAAUGGCUUAUAUAAAUUUUUCUAUAUUUAAUAGUGUGAUCAAAUUUUCUCCUCGCGCAAUAAUAUUUUGUUUGAAAUAACAUAUAUACUAUAUUGUGUGGUAAUAUAUAUUUAUUUACAUAUACACGCUUUAUGUACAUUAUUUUUAUGUAACAUAUGUAAAUUAAUUUUUGUUUAAAUCGAUUCACUUAGCUGCAUAAUGGAGUAAUUUGGAAAAAUAUUCUUUUACAAAUCUAUAUGUAGAAAACAAUAGGACGUAUCGUUGCGUGAAAAAAUUACGUGAUAAAGUUUAUAAAAAUACAAAUCCGAGGCAAGAUUUACCUGAGACAAGAAGAUUAUACAUAUAAUGAAAA